CAGACAGUAUAGUCCCAGUCCAUCCGAAUGAGGGUUUCCCCGUGUAAAAAGGUGCGCCAGGAGGCGAACGCGGCCACCGACCGUCCAGGGGAAUGCCUUCACCUUUAUCAACGUCUCCAGUAGGUAAACGCAACUCCUAUCUGCAACUUUGGCGCGACUUCGCUGUUUUUCAUUCGCGCCUGGCUGACCCCAAACGCGUCGCCUUCGUGCGAACAGCACCGGCUUCGGCGGUGCCCAAUGCCAUGAACGUGGCGACAGUCUAUCCGGUGCAUGAUCCGGAUCUUCGGGACGCCAUCAGCGAGGAGUUGGAGGAGCCCCAGCCGAGAUUACGCAAAGACUUCAUUGGUCUGGAGGAGGUCUCAAGAGUCGAGUUCCUGGUGCCGCUGUUUGCUGAAGCCCUGGGUACAUGUCUUCUGGUGUUGAUCGGCUGCGCCUCGUGUGUUAAAUGGGACCCUAAUCAUGCCCCCCUGGUCCUACACAUCGCCUUCACCUUUGGUCUCGCGGUCGCUGCUCUCGCCCAUGUAUUGGGACCCGUCUCCGGCUGUCAUGUCAAUCCUGCUGUCACUAUUGGUCUUCUAGCGAGUGGUAAUUGCAGUGUUCUCAAGGCAUUGUGCUACGUGGUGUGUCAGUGCUGCGGGGCAAUCGCUGGUGCUGCUGUUUUGAAGGUCGUCAUUCCGUCGACGGCUCAGUCUGACGGAUUAGGUGCGACAACGCUGGGUGCGAACGUUGAUGGAGGUCAGGCUGUCCUCAUGGAGGCAAUAGUAACGUUCCUCCUGGUGCUCGUGGUCCACGCGGUGACGGACCCCAAGAGACCGGACACUCGGGGUUGGGCCCCUCUGGCAAUUGGCCUGACGAUAUCCGUCGCCCACAUGGCCGCUGUCCCGAUAACCGGGAGCAGCAUGAACCCAGCAAGAACCCUGGGACCAGCAGUCAUUCUCACGGAAUGGAACAAUCACUGGGUCUACUGGGUCGGACCAAUGCUCGGUGGAAUCGUUGCUGGGGGAAUCUACAAGACAGGACUUCGAGCGAAGUCCAAAGAGGACGACGAGGCUUCCUACGACUUCUGAAUAUUUUUAUUGAAAAUGUUAAACUAUAUGUGAAAGCGGGCUUUCGUUAAGUAGAUUAAGCGUAACUCUA